CGGAGAGCGCGCAGCCGAGGUCCCCGAGCGGCGCCUAAGCUUCUUUCUAGAAUUCAUUCCUUGCCUGAGUGCUUUUUCCCUUCAUCUCAUACAUUUGAAAUUUUCUUUGACCUCUGAAGACUCGUGUUGCCUGAGGAAGCCCUGAAGGAAAGAAAAGGAGUGAGGCAUGGCUCUUUCUCAGGAACGACUGACCUCUGAGGAUGUGGCCAUCGAAUUCACUCAGGAGGAGUGGGAAUUCCUGGACCCUGCUCAGAGGGCCUUGUACAGGGACGUGAUGCUGGAGACCUACAGGAACCUGCUUUUUACUCUUUGUGGCAAGGCCUUUCGUGUAAAGUCAAGCCUUUUAAGUCAUCAGACAAUUCAUACUGGAGAGAAACCUUACAAAUGUGAUGCGUGUGGUAUGGCCUUUCGUGUAAAGUUAACCCUUUUAAGUCAUCAGACAGAUCAUACUGGAGAGAAACCUUACAAAUGUGAUGAGUGUGGCAAGGCCUUUCGUGUAAAGUCAAGCCUUUUAAGGCAUCAGACAGUUCAUACUGGAGAGAAACCUUACAAAUGCGAUGAGUGUGGCAAGGCCUUUUGUGUAAAGUCAAGCCUUUUAAGGCAUCAGACAGUUCAUACUGGAGAGAAACCUUACAAAUGUGAUGAGUGUGGCAAGGCCUUUUGUGUAAAGUCAAGCCUUUCAAAUCAUCAGACAGUUCAUACUGGAGAGAAACGUUACAAAUGUGAUGAGUGUGGCAAGGCCUUUGCUCACAGCUCAUACCUCAGGAGACAUAAGAAAAUUCAUACAGGAAAGAAAUUAUUUAAAUGUGAUAUAUGUGACAAAGUCUUCGACCAAAAUUCAGACUUUUUAAGUCAUCAGACAGUUCAUACUGGAGAGAAACCUUACAUAUGUGAUGAGUGUGGCAAGGCAUUUGCUCACAGCUCAUACCUCAGGAGACAUAAGAAAAGUCAUACAAGAAAGAAAUUAUUUAAAUGUGAUACCUGUGACAAAGUCUUUGGUCGAAAUUCAAAGCUUACGCGUCAUCAGACGGUUCAUACUGGAGAGAAACCUUACAAGUGUGAUGAGUGUGGCAAGGCCUUUCGUCUAGGGUCAGCCCUUUUAAGUCAUCAGACAGUUCAUACUGGAGAGAAACCUUACAAAUGUGAUGAGUGUGGCAAGGUCUUUCGUCUAAAAUCAACCCUUUCAAGUCAUCAGACAGUUCAUACUGGAGAGAAACCUUACAAAUGUGAUCAGUGUGGCAAGGCCUUUCGUGUAAAGUCAAGCCUUUUAAGGCAUAAGACAGUUCAUACUGGAGAGAAACCUUACAAAUGUGAUGAGUGUGGCAAGGCCUUUCGUGUAAAGUCAAGCCUUUUAAGUCAUCAGACAGUUCAUACUGGAGAGAAACCUUACAAAUGUGAUGAGUGUGGCGAGGCCUUUCGUCUAAAGUUAACCCUUUUAAGUCAUCAGACAGUUCAUACUGGAGAGAAACCUUACAAAUGUGAUGAGUGUGGCGAGGCCUUUCGUCUAAAGUCAAGCCUUUUAAGUCAUCAGACAGUUCAUACUGGAGAGAAACCUUACAAAUGUGAUCAGUGUGGCAAGGCCUUUCGUGAAGAGUCAACCUUUUUAAGUCAUCAGACAGUUCAUACUGGAGAGAAACCUUACAAAUGUGAUCAGUGUGGCAAGGCCUUUCGUCUGAAGUCAACGCUUUUAACUCAUCAGACAGUUCAUACUGGAGAGAAACCUUACAAAUGUGAUCAGUGUGGCAAGGCCUUUCGUGUAAAGUCAAGCCUUUUAAGUCAUCAGACAGUUCAUACUGGAGAGAAACGUUACAAAUGUGAUGAGUGUGGCAAGGCCUUUCGUCUAAAGUCAACCCUUUUAAGGCAUAAGACAGUUCAUACUGGAGAGAAACGUUACAAAUGUGACGAGUGUGCCAAGGCCUUUCGUGAAAAGUCAAACCUUUUAAGUCAUCAGACAGUUCAUACUGGAGAGAAACCUUACAAAUGUGAUGAGUGUGGCAAGGCCUUUCGUGAAAAGUCAACAUUUUUAAGUCAUCAAAAAGUUCAUACUGGAGAGAAACCUUACAAAUGUGAUGAGUGUGGCGAGGCCUUUCGUCUAAAGUCAACCCUUUUAAGGCAUAAGACAGUUCAUACUGGAGAGAAACGUUACAAAUGUGAUGAGUGUGGCAAGGCCUUUCGUCUAAAGUCAACCCUUUUAAGUCAUCAGACAGUUCAUACUGGAGAGAAACCUUACAAAUGUGAUGAGUGUGGCAAGGUCUUUCGUCUAAAGUCAAGCCUUUUACGGCAUCAGACAGUUCAUACUGGAGAGAAACCUUACAAAUGUUAUCAGUGUGGCAAGGCCUUUCAUCUAAAGUCAAACCUUUUAAGUCAUCAGACAGUUCAUACUGGAGAGAAACGUUACAAAUGUGAUGACUGUGGCAAGGCCUUUCGUCUAAAGUCAACCCUUUUAAGUCAUCAGACAGUUCAUACUGGAGAGAAACCUUACAAAUGUGAUGAGUGUGGAAAAGUCUUUGGUCAAAAACCACAUCUUCAACUUCACUGGAGAAUUCAUACUGGAGAGAGACCUUUCAGAUGUAAUGAGUGUGGCAAGUUCUUCAGUCAAAAUUCACUCCUUAAAAAUCAUUGGAGAAUACAUAUAGAGAAACCAUUCAAAUGUUUCAAGUGUGGAAAAUCCUUUAUUCAGUUCUCAGCACUCGCUAAACAUCAGAAAAUCCACACAUGAGAGAAACUCAUGUGAAUGUGGUAUAUGGUAGAAGUCUUCAAAUUUCAAAGCUCAAAAUUCACACGCUACAGUUGCUCAGAGAAUUCAUCUUACUGAAAAACCAUACGAAUAUCAUGAA